AUGCCUGCGGUAAGUGAUCGGUAUGGUCGAUUUAUCGUCCCAGCUCUAGUCCAGGGUCCUUAUCCACACACACUAAGGCAGAGAGUCCAUCCACUGGGAAGCUCCCUGGUUCAGUGCUCCUGAGGGCUGGGACCAGCUCUGAGGGCCAGAGGCAGCUGUGAAGGGAUGGGGUAGUAGCUGAGGACAGAGCCAUGGUUCAUAACGGCUCAGCCCCCCCCACACCACCGCCAGCACAGGUGAGCGCCAAUUGCCGCUCCUCUGGGAGGAAGAGGACACCCAAGGCAUGUGACUGCUGUGGGCCCAACUCUAAGCACCACAAUGGGAAGGCCCCACAUGGGAAGACUCCAGGUGGCAAGCCCCGACAACGCAGGGCCCAGCCGGGGAAGGGCAGGGGCCAGGCACUGGGGGAGACCCCCAAGAGGACGGGUGGUCACCCCUCUUAUAAGAAGAUCCUGAUGACAGAGGAGCAGGUAACAGCCAUCCGAGAGGAGCUGGAGAAAGACUCUGCUGUGGAGCAGGUAACCAACUCUUUGGCUCCACCUAUAACCAACUCUGUCAGUCAACCUGUAAUGAAUGUUGUGGCUCAACUUGUAACCAACUCUGUCGGUCAACCUUUAACGGACUCUAUGGGUCAACCCUUAAUGAACUCUAUGGGUCAGAAGUUAACAUACACUGUGGUUAAACUGUUGACCAAGUCUGUGGUUCAACCGGUAACAAAUGCUAUGGUUCAAACGGUAACAAACUCUGUGGUUCAACCUGUAACGAAGACUGUGGUUGAGCAUGUUGCUGAUUCAGAGAUGGAGCAGGAGAAAGCCUGUGAAGGGGCUGUGUGCGAGGGGGAGCAAGCCACUGGUCUGGAGAAGGAGCAGAAAACUGGUUGUGGUUUAGACAAACAGCCGGUAACAGACUCUAACACGGAGGUCGUGAAGCAGCCCCAGGCUGGUGACGCAGCAGUCUCCCUUUCCAACGGUACAUCUGCUGUCCCCGAAGAGGAACCAACAGACUGUAGCACCCCUAUGGAGGUGGAACCAUCAGCCACAGCCUGUGUUUCCCCAGGCAUUAGUCUGUGCAGCACCCUCCACCCCUUCGCUCUGUGCGACCACAGAGAUUACUGCAUGAUGGGAGUGUGGGCUCCAAGCCCUGAGCCAGAGGAGGACGGUGCCCCAGACCCAGCACAGCAACCCAAACCUGAAGACGGCAUCCAUGAAGUAAUCAGAGACCUCAUCCAUGGUACCAGGCUUUUAUUGUAACUGUGAUUUUCAAAUUGGAUACAUUUUAAAGUUCAUAUUACUUUGUUACUUAUUUAAGGUGUGUUGUUAUUGAUUCCUGUCUUGUCUCUCUCUCAGAGUUCCUGGCGCUCUUCUAUGUGAAGUACGGGAGCUUUAUUCCCCUCAGUGAGACUGACGUCCUGGAGCACCUGAAGAACAAGUGUAACACUGACCUACAUGACAAGUACGAAUCAUUCGAGAUACACCCCACAAACCAGUUUCAAUUUCACAGUUGAUUUCCAGUGUUAUGCUGAUAGCAUCUCUGUUUAAUUUCUCUACUAGGAAGCUAAACAUCCACUCAGAAGUGGUGAAGUACAAAGCGGGUCUCGCCUCCACCCCUAGGAAGUGCUUCAAAGUGGACUACAACAAGCACACUCUGACCCUGGAGGAUCUGUCCACGCUGGACGACCAAAACUGGGUCAACGACCAGGUAGCUAUGGUCCACAGGAAACUGUGUGCUUGCUGCUCAUAAACCUGAUUUGCCUAUGUAUUAUCUAACCUGAAAUUCAAACGUUGUCGUGUUUCUGUCUAGGUGAUAAACAUGUAUGGAGAAUUGAUCGUGGAGGCUACACAGAACAAGGUGAGAGUACUGUACAUGCCUAAGUGCAUUCAUUUUGGGUCCUUGGAUCAGAAUGUUCAACAAAGGGUUAAUAGUAGUCUUCUGUUUGGUUACUGAAUGUUCUCCUGUUCUCUCCUGCAGGUUCAUUUCUUCAACAGCUUUUUCCACAGGCAGCUGGUGGCCAAAGGCUAUGAAGGGGUUAAGAGAUGGACCAAAAAGGUAAGCUGGUGGUAGGUGAUGGAAGAUGCAGCCAUUUUAUCGCUAGUUUGUGUGGCGUUAAUAUGAUAUGACCUGCAGGACCGGAAAUGUAAAGGCUCACUGUUUAUCUGAGACCGUCAGUCUCGCAGAACUAGCUAAAUUAGAAUAUGUCAGUGAUUGUGGUUAAUCUGGUCUCUCUCUCUCUCUCUCUGUUUCACAGGUGGAUCUGUUUUCCAAGAGGCUGUUGCUGAUUCCUAUCCACCUGGAAAUCCACUGGUCCCUGAUCACAGUGGACAUCGCCAACCACCACAUCCACUACUAUGACUCCCAGGGCAUAGUCUUCAAAUACACCAUGGAGGUACGCUCACUCACACUUUAAAGUCCUCUGCCUUUCUCUGAAACUCAGUUGCUUCUGAAUUUCAUCCUAGACCUGAGGAACAUUGGUUUGAUCUGAUAAGCAUUGAACAUUUUAACAUUGGUCUACGUCAGGGUUGUCAAACUCAUUCCACAGAGGGCCUAGCGUCUGUGGGUUUUCCUUUCAAUGAAGACCGACAACCAGGUGAGGGGAGUUUCUUUACUAAUUAGUUACCUUAUUUAAUCAUCAAUCAAGUACAAGUGAGGAGUGAAAACCUGCAGACACUUGGCCCUCCGUGGAAUGAGUUGGACACGUGGUCUACAUUGUCCACAUUUUGGGAACCCUGAAGGAGUCAGUUUGCAACUUUCUUGUGAACUAUGCAUGCAAACCCUUGUCUUCUUCUGUUCAUCUGGCCCACAGAACAUCUUGAGUUACAUCCUGGCUGAGGCCAAGGAGAAGAAACAAGCUGGCUAUCAGAAAGGCUGGAAGAUGACUAUAAACAAGGUAUUGUUUCAGAUGGUACCAUGUGACUGUGUUCUCUCUCGUGCUUUCUGAUAGACUCUGUGUUGACCACUGUCUGAUUGGUUCCCACCCUCAGGGUAUUCCUCAACAGAAGAACGACAGUGACUGUGGAGUCUUCGUCUUGGAGGUGAGUGGGGAAUUUCCCUCUCGUACCGCAAAUUCCCCACACACAUACCUUGUGGUAAACCUUUCCUAUUAACCUUUUCCCCCCCGCUUUGUUUCUCUCAGUACUGCAAGUGCCUGGCAUUAAAAGAGCCGCUGCAGUUCACACAGGAUGACAUGCCCAAAGUCCGCCAGAGGAUUUACAAAGAGCUCUGUGACUGUAAACUGAAUGAAUGAUCAACCGCAGCAGCACAGCUCAGAGUACACCUGCCUUUCCAGUGGCCCAUGGGCUUAACGACUGUUUGACUCUUAUUGUGGAAGGGCCAUUAAUACUUUAAAACAUGACGAGCCAAGAAGCUGAAUGAAGUGCCGUGGAAACAGGACACGUUGUUUGACUAACGAGACGGUGACAGCAACCAGCUUUCUUUCUGUUUUCCUUCAGUGGAGGGCCAGCAGUGCAUAGUUGGAUUUCUUUUUAUACCGUGAUAAUGGGAGGGACUUUGAAUUCCUUUUGAGUUGACGUCCACAAAGUUUCCACUGCUGACCGGCUGACCUGGAGCUAACACUGCUGGUAGGUUUCAGAGGCCAGAAACGGACCUACAGGUGUUUAUAACACGUUUCCUAGCUUC